GAUCGAGACAACGUUGCCAAGUGGCCCCGUCUGUCGAUCAGCCCUGGCCAGGGCAUCGACGGGGUGGCAGCCAUCUCCCACUGGCUUCACGUGGGGAUCAACGUGGACCCAGCAUGGGACUUCAGCCACGGGGUCCACAACGAUAUUAACGGUGGAAUCGAAGCAGCUGGCCUGGGGUGCCAUAUAUCUAUGCCUUUGUUGAGGAUUAACGUGCCAAUAUCGCCGUGGGACGAGAACUUACGGUGGGGCCAAGCCACUGGAGCACUGAAGGAAGCCUUCGCUACGACGACAGCCUCGACCAACGUGUUCUUCCAGGGCUUCGUCGACGAUGUGUUGGCCGAGCCUGCUGGGCGAGAGUUCGCGGACACCCCUGAACCUGCAGAUGCGUUGUGGAACCACCUGAAGGAAUCCAACGCGUUCACCGCCAGGGGGGGCAAUACGUUGAAGAACCGAUUCUUGGCCGUCAUCAGGAAAAUCAGAGAGGAGUUGAAUUGCAGCGCCCAGGGAAAGUUCGGGUACUUGCUGACCUGCGUGGAGAUGGACAUGGUAGGCAACGCGGAAUUCGCCCGCCUUGUGAGGUCGGGCGCCGAACUCGCGCGCACCACCAACAGCCGUGUGGAGACAGAGGAGGAGAAUAAUUUUCGGAAGGCAUGUGCCAACCAGAUGGUGGUCGCCCUGAUGGACUGGCUGGGGCCCGAUACGACGAUGCUUGACAAGAUCAUAGUUGGUGCCUCGGAGUCGUGCGAGCAGUGGUUUGGCAUGAGCAACGCUGAGCGUCGCGAUACUGGCAAGACAGAGAGCCACGAGGCCAGAGAGAAUGACAUGAUGCAGAAGCUCGCCCACGCCUGCGUCGGCAUCGUGGGCUGCCGCGUCAAGAGGGCGCUGUGGAUGAUGAAGGGCUGGAGCUCGCGUUCGUGCUUCUUCACGGACGACGCAGACUUUGCUCGCCGCGAGGUUGCCCGCAUGAAGACGGAGUACGAGAAGUACGAGACGAUGAAGCGGAGCAACGAUGUGGAGGGCGUGCAGUUGUUUGUGGGUCGCAGCCCUUGGGAGUGGAAGUCGCAGCAGCAAGUGUGCGGGGUUUUUGAGAUUGACGACUUCAUCAUCACAGAGCGGGUUCGUUCGUUCUUCCAAGCGUGCAAUAGCAGGUGCAUCGGCUCGCAGAUCGUGGAGGGCGGGUUCAAUGACCAGAAGAACAGCGUCCCUCAUAAGAACAGGAAUGGCACAAUCGAGACUGCGUUCCACACGUUGUUCGACAAGAAGGUGGCGUCCAAGAAGCACGGCUACAAGGAGUUGACUUUCCCGAUGUUCAAUUACCAGCGCGACCUCAAGGUGCCUGCUGAUGCUUAUCGUCCGUCGUACUUGUCCAUGCCGAAGGAGUUCGCCAAGGUCACGUCUGCUAAGCAGGCGACUCAGUGGUACUCGCCGGAGGCGAAUGACUGGAGCGCCAGAUUCGCCGAUGCCGUCAUCAUCGACCACUGCGUUCGCUUUGGCUGCCUCGACAAGAUCCAGCACGCUUGGCACGGCGAGAUGUUCAUGACGACGUCUAAGUUUGCUGUCAGAUGCACGCUGGCAGGUGGGCUCGGCGGCAGGCUCCGAGUGACAGGACGUGCUGCGCCUCUCCUUGUGGUUGCUGCUCGCACGUGUUUCCUCGGCCUGAACAAGACGCAGCUGACCAGACUGAUGAAGUACCAAGGGGUCGCGGCCGAGGGGAACAGUUUGUACGAGAUCCUGGAGGCGCUCAUCAAGUACAACCUCGGCAAGCCAGGCGCGCCCAUCAACGAGGAAGAGCUGCUGGAGGUCAUGGCCACCAGGAUGGUGGAGUCGGUAUCGAAUCAGAACGCAGCCCUGGAGACGUUCAUGCACGUCGAGGGCGCCGACUUGCGUUUCUGCCCAGAGGGCCGCGACAACUGGACGAAGACUGCGGAUGCGCACAAAAGGGUCAUUGCCGAGCGCGAUGACUACACCAAGGAUUGGCAGAAGAGGCGGGCUGAGACACGGGCACCGCCUGCGCCAGCCCACAAGGGCAAAGGCAAGGGCAAGGGCAAAGGCAAGGGCAAGCCCGCUGGCGGGGCUGGCCACGGACCCCCGCGUAGGAUCCCCGAGGGCGACAUCGCCCAGUGCGAAAUUCGCCACCUCGUGCCUCCUGGGGCACACGUGUGGCGGUCGAAUGUGCAAGGCGCGUGGAACGGCCACCUGAAGCCGUUCAGCAGGUUCGGUGUAUCGUGGCAGCUCUACGGCCACCGCGAGAACCUCCUCGUGGUGCUGCGCGACCUGUGGUCAAAAUACUUGACUAUGCAGGGCACUGGUGUAGACCAGUGCCCGAUCGCUGGCUUGUUCGACGAUGGACCAGCU